AUGGCUUAUGGGGGUAAAUAUCUGCAGCAUCCCCAGGCUGCGUACGAUGUGGAAGACGGGGUGCAGCUUGGCGUUGUGGAGCAGGAAGAACACUCGAAGGGCUUUCCUGACAUUGACAGUCGACGAUUUAAAACCCCGCUAGAAUUUGUCCCAGUGUUCUCAGAUAAUUCACAUGGCCCUGACUGUGGACAGCAAUGGUUCCCUAGUUUAGAACUAGGCCAUUGGUUGUACCAAACUGAACUGGUUGAGAAUGAAUGUUGCCAAGUAUUCUUAGAGCGUAUUAACAGAGCUGAUUAUCGCCCUGAGUGUUAUCCUGAUAAUCCUGCUAAUAGAAGCCUUUUUCUUCCUUGGUCUUUCCCACUUGAGGGGGCUCCCCAAAAUCUUACCAGGUGGACCUUUGAAAAAGCUUGCCACCCAUUUCUUCUGGGUCCUCCACUGGUUAGAAAAAGGAUAUAUGACUCUAGAGUUGCUGGUUUUAACCCUGCGUUACAGUUAAUCCUGAUCAGAACAGACAAAACCUUGAACAAAAAACUUGGCCAAAGCAAAUAA